CACCAAUGGUUUGGCGGGUUGGGCCAGAAGCAGAAUCAUCGCGGGAGCUGUGACCAGACGUGAGACUGACGGUCCAUCACCUCACCAAUUACCACGACUUGAGCUACACACACCUGAACCUCCUAAACCAGAAACCCACAGCAUCUACCAUACUGUAACAGGCUGUAGCUGCUGGAGUGGUUCAGAGGGCAGCGCUGGUGCAGGACCUGGCUUUUGUGGACAUCACACAUGGCUUCGAACAGCAUCUUUGACUCUUUCAGUAACUACUCCACUUUACUCAGAGACCCGACCACCACCAGACGGUUCACGCCGCCCUCCGCGUCUUUCCAGUGCGGGAAGCUAGUCGGCGGCAGUGACGGCAGCGCGGGAGGCGCGAGCGGCAUGAGCGCGUCGGGUCCUCUGAGGUCACGGCAUGCGGCGGACACGCGCUCCGUGGUAGACGUGCUGGCGGACCACGCUGGAGAACUCGUGCGCACCGACAGCCCCAAUUUUCUGUGCUCCGUUCUGCCUUCACACUGGCGCUGCAAUAAAACUCUUCCCGUUGCCUUCAAGGUGGUGGCUCUCGGGGACGUUCCUGACGGUACCCUGGUCACCGUCAUGGCAGGAAACGACGAGAAUUAUUCGGCCGAGCUGAGGAACGCGUCCGCCGUCAUGAAGAACCAAGUGGCCCGUUUCAACGACCUGAGAUUUGUUGGAAGAAGUGGCAGAGGGAAGAGUUUUACUCUGACAAUCACGGUGUUCACUGGACCCCCCCAAGUAGCCACAUACCACCGCGCCAUCAAAGUCACAGUAGAUGGUCCACGAGAGCCUAGACGUCACAGAGUGAAACUUGAGGACUCUCAGAAGAUGCAGUUCACUGAUCGGCUGACUGAGAUGGAGAGGUAUCAGCGCACCGGCCUGAGGAUGAGCGCUGGCAAUGGCACCACCCGACCUACACACCAGAGCCAUUACAGUUCCUCUAGUGUGACACAGAUACCAGGACUGUGGCCUGAGCAGAUCGAGCCUCAGAUCAAACCCUGCAAAGUGGAGGAUGACCUCCGCUGGUCAGGUUCGGAUCUGUUCCCUCAGCGCACCUUCCCGUCUCUAUCUCCUCUCACAGCACCGCGAUUCUCCGACCCUCACAUGCACUACCCUGGCCCUUUCACCUACUCCACCAACCCACCUAGUGCGGGCAUCGGGGGUCUCAGCGUGACUGGUGUUCCUGCCUCCACCCGCUACACCACCUACCUGCCCCCACCAUACCCCGGAAACCAGAACCAGAGCUCGCACUUCCAGACCAACUCGUCUCCUUACCACCUGUACUACGGUACCGGCUCAGGCUCCUACCAGUUCUCCAUGGUUCCUGCAGGCGGCACCGCCGGGAGCACGGUCGGAGAACGUUCGCCCACUCGCAUGCUGACUUCCUGCCCAGCAGCAGGCGGAGCUUCGGGGUCAGGAGGCGGGGCCGGCGGCCUGAUCGGCGGUAGCGACGGCGUGGAGGCCGACGGCAGCCACAGCAACUCACCGAGUGCCAUGAGCACACCAGGACGAAUGGACGAGUCCGUCUGGAGGCCUUACUGAGUUAAGAAAUAACAACAAACAGAAGAGUUGCAUGUUUCGGGUCGAGUUCCACACCCUCCAUUUUUUGUUUUUUUCUCAGAGACAGUAUCGUUCUGUUGUUAAAAUGUUGUACAGCGUAUUUCACGAAGCUUUAUGUGCUUUAAGACUGAACUGAGCGGAACAAAAGCUCUGCUGGAAAAAAAGCACAGACUCUAAAAGACUGACGUUUAGUUUUAUUCUGUAACAAGAGCAGCUAGGUGAUGAUGAUAGCAGGAGUCCAACGGCCAAGGAAAAAAAUUACACUCGAAGAAGUUCAGAGAAUCACCUUUGGCCAGGUCUAGUGAUUAAACAAAGCCUGAGGACAUGCUGCAUUGGGCCAAAGUGAUUGAUUUGACUUUUAUUUAUGGCUGCAAUCAUCUUUUACCUUUUAACAGAACAGCAUUGAUUUUCAGUGUACAAUAUAAAUGACAUUUUUGAUGACAGCUUUCGCCACCAAUCAUGAACAAUUUGUUUCUAUGAUUACAGUAAUUAUUUUUUUUUAAUAUUGUUUUUAUUGUCUUUUUCAUUUCCAGCCAAUAUUUGUCUAAACUAUUACUAAAGUAAUAUGGUUUGGGUUUCUUUAAUUUAUUUGAGCCAGUUCUAUGAUUAUUCUUAAUAUUUCCAGGUAAAAAAAAAAUCAUUUUUUUUUGUUUGGUUGACUAUUUUCUUUUAUUUAGUGUUUUUUUUUUCAUUUCUAUGAUUUAAUAUAAGAUUGCAAGUCUUGCUACUGUAAUAUAUUAUUUCUAAAUUAUGAAAUGGUUACCCAUUUUAAAUGUAAUGUAUUUUUUCCUAUGUAGCUCCGAUGCACUAAAACAGUCUAUUUAAAAAAAAAGAAAAAGAAAAUGCCCGAAACAAAAAAGAUGAGGAACUCUUGUCUCCUUACAAUACAAAAAAAAAAGUCCAAAGAGGUCAAAUAUCAUCGUAAUAACUCCAGAUCGAAUAUACUGCAAGGCACGAUGGCUCGCUUUUCUUUCGUUGCCCAAAGUGUUACAUUUUAUGAUGACAUCCCAGCCUCGUAAAGAAUGAAGAACACACGUAGCUUUAAGCGCCUUCAUUAUCCGUCUUUCCUCACUUCAAUGAGGCCACUGAAACGGUAGAUGAUAACUACAUAUGAAAUAGAUCGUCUCUCAUUAUUUCAUACACAAACUCGCACAUAGGAGCCAAAGUGGCCAGAAAUCGUUCCUCCCUUCCUUUCAGGUGUGUGUGUGGGUAUGUGUGUGUGUGUGUUUGCACAAUAGGUCAGCAGCCAGAGGCCUUUCCCAGCCGCUCACACUCCACCACACCUGCUCUCCGUACCUAAAGGGUGAACGAGGACGAAAAGAGAGAGUGUGUGGCGAGGAGUGUGGGAGUCAGAUCGUCUUUCAGAGACCGCCAGCCAUUCUUUAGGCCGCUGGUUCUCCUAAUGCCGCCUUCUUUGUUCGCUCCGCUCCAAAGCCACUUUGAAGCCUUUGUGAUGGUGCUUCGUCUCGUUUUCUUUUGUCGUUUGUACAUAAUUAACGUCCUGAGCCCGAGGCCUUCGCUGACACAGCGCGAGCAAGCGUGUGAGCGUGUGUUCCUGUAGAACAAAGGAAGGAGAAAGCUGUUCGUUCAACAAAAUAAAAGAAUUGAGUUGAGAAAGCAAGCACCUCUGCUAUAUGGAUGUCCUUUGUCUCUGGGAUUAUAGUGUUAAUGACGGCUCCAUGUUUUCCAGAACUGGGCUUGCGAUCUAUGCUGAUGACAAUCCAUUCAGUUUGACUCAGGAAUCAACUAUGUCACACACACACACACACACACACACACACACACACACACUAUGCCUUAUAAAGCUUAAUGACAGCAUCGUAUUCGAUGUAUCGCAAAAGCACAAACAAACUUCUUCAUAGUUGUAAGUAUGUAGUUAAAAAUCCAUCCAUUAAUCCAUCCGGUUUCGUGGCUUAGCGAAAUGACCAAAGCUGUGUGUUUAUGUACUCGAGGCAUUUUGUACUUUUCAUGGCUGGUGUGUUGAAGUGCAUGCCCAAAGAGCUGAAGUAAAUUAGGACUAAUAGUUUCAGAUCGAGCCGUACAAACAGUUGUGUUAUAUAUUUGUUGAGUGUAACACCAUGAGCUCCGUGACUCCUUUCCUAAAGAACAAAUAGUGUUUUUUUCAUUCACUGUAUAUUGUAAUUUUUGACUCUGUACCAUGCUCUGCUAUAGUCUACCUUCAUUGUGUGCAAACAAUGUAGUUUUUGAUGCAUUUUAAUUAAUUAAAAAAAAAAAAAAAAAAAGGUCAUGUUUU